AACAAUUAUGGGGUUCGCAUGAACCGGGGAGAAGAGGGGGGCUGUGGUCAAACCCACCGCGACCUAAACAGCACCAGGAGGGAGAAGAUAGAGGAGAACCAUCGCCGCAGUAGUAGCAGCUACAACUGUAGCCCCGCUUUCAGCCUGCAUGGGCUAGUUCGUUAGCUAGCUUAGCAUCGUCCGCCUGCGCUGAGCCGCCUCCUUUGCAGCCGACAACUCCGGCUUGAUAUCUCCGCGUUUUCCCCUCCGUCCCACCCGCCCCUGCCUUACCCCCUACACGGCUUGAAGAUGAUGAAGUUUAGGUUUCGUCGGCAAGGCACCGACCCGCAGAGAGAGAAGAUAAAGCAGGAGCUUUUCGCCUUCAACAAGACUGUGGAGCAUGGGUUCCCCCAUCAGCCCAGUGCUCUGGCAUAUGACCCCAAGCUGCAGCUGAUGGCCAUCGGAACAAAGUCGGGAGCCAUUAAAAUCUAUGGGGCCCCGGGUGUGGAGUUCACGGGACUACACAAAGAUACCACAGCCGUCACACAGAUCCACUUCCUGCCCGGUCAGGGUCGUCUUCUGUCGCUGUUGGAUGACAACACGAUUCAUCUCUGGGAAUUGGUAGCAGGCCCACCAAAAGAGGUGGGAGGAGCUAAGAAAGAGGGUGUGGUCUCCCUCCAGGAAGUGGAAAGCUAUAGUCUCCCUGGAAGACCUGGCAUCGAAAGCUGCAGCGCCACCCGGGUGACUGUCCUCCUCUUGCUAAAGUCAUGUGACUUGCUCUGCAUGGGAACUGAAGGAGGGGGUGUGUACUUCCUGGAUUUGCCCCGCCUCUCGCUGAAGGAGAACCAGACGCUGCUCCAGGAUCAGGUCAUGCAGAGCCUGCCAGAUGACUACAGAUGUGGGAAAUCUUUAGGACCAGUGGAAUCUCUUCAGGAACAUCCUCAGCAGCCAGGGAAGAUUCUGAUUGGCUACAGCCGGGGCUUGGUGGUCCUGUGGGAUCUGAGUACCCGACAUGCAGAGCAGCUGUUUCUUGGAAAGCAGCAGCUGGAGAGUCUGGUGUGGGAAUGCUCUGGAAAUCUAUUCGUCUGUUCCCAUAAUGAUGGUGGCUACUCUGUGUGGGCUGUUACCAGCGGCAACACUUACAAUCACCAGCCAGUGUCCUCCACCAUCCCAUAUGGUCCAUUUCCCUGCAAAGCUAUUAACAAGAUCCUCUGGAGGACAACACAGGCAGGUUCACCGGUGCUGUUAUACAGUGGAGGGAUGCCCAGAGCCAGCUAUGGCGACCGCCACUGUCUCACCGUCCAACAGGACAAAGAGCACGUCACUCUCGAUUUCACAUCUCGAGUGAUCGACUUCUUCACUGUGCACAGCAUAGAGCAGGAUAAAGAGUUUGACGACCCGUCAGCUUUGGUCGUGUUACUCGAAGAGGAGCUGGUUGUGAUUGAUCUCCAGACCCCGGGGUGGCCCUCUCUGCCCACCCCCUACCUCGCUCCUCUUCACUCCUCAGCGAUCACCUGCUCCUGCCACAUCUCCAGCGUUCCUCCCAAACUGUGGGAGAGGCUGAUCAACGCCGGGAAAGCACAACAGGGCCGGCAGCACACACAAAAGAGCUGGCCAAUAUGUGGAGGGAAAAACCUGGCACCUCCACCCAAACAGCAAGAGCUGCUGUUGACCGGACAUGAGGACGGCACUGUGCGUUUUUGGGACGCGUCCGGCGUUGCUCUCACCCCGCUGUACAAGCUCAGCACAGCCAACGUCUUCCACACCGACUGCGACCCCAGCGACGACCCUCACGACGCCGGCAACGACCCCGACAUGCAGCAGGAGGAGGAAUGGCCUCCCUUCAGGAAGGUGGGCUGUUUUGACCCGUACAGCGACGACCCCAGGCUCGGCAUCCAGAAGAUCAGUCUGUGCAAAUACAGCAACAAGCUGGUGGUGGCUGGAACUGCAGGACAGGUGAUAGUGCUGGGUUUAAGUGACGAGCGUUCGGACCAUUUGGUGGACGUAUCGGUGGUUGAUUUGCUGCAGGACCGGGAGGGCUUCACCUGGAAGGGCCACGACAGGCUAGAACCGCGCCUCAAACCCGCCCCCUUUCCUCCUGGCUUUCAGCCUCUGGUGGUGGUACAGUGCCUGCCCCCCGCUUCGGUCACGGCGGUGGCACUGCACGCUGAGUGGAACCUGAUCUCCUUCGGGACGAGUCAUGGAUUUGGCCUUUUUGACUACCACAGGCGAAAUGCUGUGCUGGCUAGGUGCACCCUGCACCCUAAUGACUCCUUGGCGAUGGAGGGUCCCUUGUCCAGAGUCAAGUCCUUGAAAAAAUCACUACGUCAGAGCUUCAGACGCAUCCGGAAAAGCAGGGUAUCAGGGAAGAAGCGGGCCAUCGCCACACCCACCAGCAAGGUCCAGGAGGCCAACGCUGCUCUGGCCGAGCAGGAGGAAAUAGCUCCUGUCCAGCGAAGGAUUGAACCACGGUCAGCAGACGACUCGCUGUCUGGAGUGGUCCGCUGUCUCUGCUUCGCAGACACUUUUCUUCGUGAUGGUACACACCACGGUCCCACGCUUUGGGCAGGCACAAACUCGGGUAGUGUUUACGCCUACGCCCUGGAGGUGCCCGGCGUCAGUUCGGGCCGUGUGUGCGAGCGAGCCGGAGCGAGCGAGAGCAGCGCGUGUGUGGAGGCAGUGUUGGGUAAAGAGAUCCAGCUGAUGCACAGGGCUCCGGUGGUGUCCAUAUGUGUACUGGAUGGGCGGGGGAAGCCAUUACCGGAUCCAUACGAAGCCUCCCAGGACCUCGCCAUCGCCCCAGAUAUGACGAACGCGCACUCUGUCCUUAUUGCAUCAGAGGAACAGCUCAAAGUGUUCUCGCUGCCUAAAGUCAGCGCUAAGACCAAGUUCAAGCUGACGGCUCAUGAAGGCUGUCGGGUGAGGAAGGUCGCCCUGGUACUCUUCAACUCCACCGCUCAGGAAGACUACAGUGAACACACACUUGUCUGUCUCACCAAUCUCGGAGACAUGCACCUCUUUAACAUCCCCGGCCUCCGACCACAGGUGCGUUACGACUGCAUCCGUAAAGAGGACAUCAGUGGUAUCGCUUCCUGCGUCUUCACUAAGAACGGACAAGGGUUUUAUCUGAUCUCCCCUUCAGAGUACGAGAGGUUCUCCCUGUCCGCCAAAGUUCUAACUGAACCGCUCUGCUCUGUUCAGCUGGACCGGCCACUAGAGGCAACGCAGGCUAGUGAUGGCACCAUGACGCAGCCACAGGCCAACGGGACCCACAAGAACCAGAUGGGCCAAGCUGAAGGACAAACACAGGAGCCUCCGAGUACUCUGUCUUCUCCCGUCCUGGACACCCCGCUGGACUCGCCUCUCAGCUGCGCUGACCUCACCCUCGACUCGACCGGAGAGCUCACCGUGGAGGACGUCAGGGAUUUCCUAACAACUGUGGACGAGGCAGAAAAUAAUCUGAAGAACAUGAAAGAGGAGGAAGGACUCUCCACCGGCAUCCUCAUCAACUGAACAGAGAGGGGUUCGAGUGGUUCUGAUGGACUGGAUUUCAGUGCUGGACCACAAACAUUUCCCAUCAGCCCACUGUGGAGCCCCCCCAUCCCUCUCCCCCCCCACCCCUAGCCAGCACCCUGAACUCUCCUGUUAGCCUGGCACAAGCUGGAAGGAAAGUCCUCUGGGGUUUGUCCCAGCUGGGUGAACAAACUCUUCUUCUGUAACCACUUUGGAAACAUGACGCUGCCUCCCACAUGGAGACACUGAACAGCACAGCAUGGUGUCUGGACGGCCUUAGAGUUGAUGAUUCUGAUUUCGGGAACUUAAGUCACAUUUCUGUCAUCCAUCUACUCGCUGCUCAGCCUUCAGGAGACCUACUAUACGGUCAUGUUUUUGCUCCCAACCCCCGGCUCGAUGUUAUGUUUUUUUUUUUUUUUUUGCACAGCUGGAACUGGAACUUUUUUGGGGGGGGGGGGAUGCAGACUCUGGAUGUGAUGGAUUGUAUGCAUCACAACAGUCCUGCAAACUAAUCGUUUUCAUAAGACUGAAGGAGAGUGUUGAGGGAAGCGAAGCACAUGAAGGAUUUCUAAAGAGUGUUGAAAGUUGUUGCAUCUCUGUUCCUCCUUUGAAAAGGGCAGCUGAAUCCUGCGUGGGUGGAGGUUACGUAGAAAUCAACAAAACUUGAUCUUAAGGAUGUGAGAAGCUCUCUGGCUGUCUGCUCUGUUGAUGUUGAAGAAAUAAGCGAGCACUGGGACAAUGAAGGUGUUUCGUAUGGCAGAGACUUAAAUCUGUUAAAUAUGUUUUGUAUGGCGCUAUAAGAAAGUAAAAUAUUUUAAUGGCAAAUAGAUUCUUGGGGGGAUACAAGAGGAAAAUAAUCACUGUGACUAAAAAGGGAACCAGCUAAGAAUGAAGAGGGGAAAGUGGUGCUGACUUGUUUUUUUUUUUUUUUUUUUAAAUUUGAAAAUUUAUUGGCCUUAUGUCAUGUGACAGGAAGGGAUCUUCAGACCUCUCUGGACAGUAAGGACUCAUUGGGACCAGCUGAUUCAUCAAGCUUAAAAGGAAAAGUUUCAGUUUUUAAAGUUUCUGCUUAAGGUUGGAAUAAAAUCAUUAUUUGAUUAAGUAUUUUUAUUUUUAGAAAUAAAGAGAAAUGGAUGAUGAAAGUAAAAACUGGAGCUUGAAUCCUCCUUUUAAGUGUCGUCAUCAUCUCAUGCAGAAAUCUGUUGACAGGACUCAGGGAAGUGUUGCAAGGUAAGCAGAGUCAGCCUGAAAGUGUUGCGUACUCUAAACAGUUCAUUCUGGGAUUUGUUUAGCAGCAUUUUUCUUUUACACCCUUUGAACGUUUAAUGGUAUCAAAGUGUUCACAGAAGGCAGGUUUAUUACAGUAAGUCGACUAUAGUAAAAUACUGGAGUCAGUCGGAGAUGGAAAGUGGCUCCAAGCUUCUUGAUCUUCACGUCAAA